UGCUUUGCGUGUCUCAUUUUUUAAAUCACUUUUAUUUCAACCUACCUUGCUAUGUAGAUAGAGAAAGGGAAAGACCGAGAUACACACAGAGAGAAUACUCAGUGCGUCACUUAGACUUGGCAGGCUGGAGUCCCCAGGUCCACCUCCUCUUGUUGCUCCCGCUCCUCCUCCUCCUCCUUCUCUCCGCCGCUGAGCUCACAAGGUGACAGAGAGCGGGCUACUGCACGGGCGGACUGUACGCGCUUGAGAAGGGACACAAGCUGACUAACGCGAAUCCUUUUGGUGCACCCGAUUGUAAAGCACCUCAUUUCCAGUGUCUCGUUACACUGCAAUACAUUUAACGGCAUGACGUGAUACGACAUAAGGCCAUUGCAGUCAUCCACUGAACUAUUUAAUGACUUCAUCAUCAUUCAUUUUUCUGGUACUUUACAAGUGGAUUGUUAAAGAUAGCCAUGAUGGAAGGCGGCAAUGAGGUGGAUUUAUCCAAUAAUAAUAUAACACCUCUCUGGAAGAAGAGAUCAGGGAGCCAGUGUGGAUCGCGGGAUUCUAACCAUCCAAAGCCGCGGCCUCUUAGUUAUCAAAUCAAUGGUGUUAUGAUGACGGAUUUCCCAGUAGAAGAUAAAUGUAACAUGACCUUGACUCAGCCUGCAGAAAAGAUUUCUUCCCCAAGGGGCACAGUGUUCCUAAAACAUGUCAUGAAUAAACCUAUGCGUGUAACGCGGGUUGUUCGGAGCAUAAGUAUUGGCCAUUUAUCGAAUGGAAAGCUUUCUUUUGUGAAGAAUAAAAUGCAGCCACAGAGAUCAGUGGAUAAUCUGGAGAUAUCGAAUAGCAGUCGAGCCACUAAGGAGUCAAGUCCUUCACUUGACAAAAGAAAGAGUUUGCAGAGAAGGAUUUCUAGCCCUUUAACACUGACUUCAGAAAGAGAUCAGAUUAUUUUCACUUCUAGCCCUGAAAUGAUACCUACAAAGAAAGAUGGUUCACUGUGCAACAAUAAUCACAUUGCAUUAAUUUGUCCAUUGUCUCAGACUGCAGAAGACCAAGGAAACACUGUGGCUUCAGAGUCAGUGUCUGGGUCUUCAAUCGAAAAGCAGACUCUUGAAAGACAACUUUCCAAUGCUUCCCAAAGUUCUGAUAAAGUUCCAUCUAUUAUCUUAAGCACUAACAGCACAGCUGCCUUUAAAAAUGGGACACAACAGAUAAUUCCCAAGGAACUGGCAUCUGAAAUUAAAGCUAGCAAAAACAACCAAAGCCACCAGAACUUUCUUGAUCCAGGCCAGAGAGCUCUUCGGUCUCGGAGCAUGGUAGAGACCACAGGGAACUAUCUUCAGCUUGUUGGAGAUACUGAUGGAGACACAGACCCAGAGGUGGAGAGUCCUGGGACACUUAAACGAGGUCUGAGGUCUACAUCUUAUAGGAGGGCGGUAGUGAGUGGGAUUGACAGUACUUCAGUGACAAAGAAGGACAACAGAUUGUCACAGCCUGUGUUGAGAAUCGUUGAAGAAGACAAGGAGAAAUAUUCAAGUUUGGGAAGGGCCAAAAAAAAAGGAUUAACAACCCAAGGGACAUUUGAUGAUGAUGAGGAUGCAGUGUUGUACCAAAACUACAAGGAAAAAGCGCUGGAGAACGACUCUGAUGAGGAUUUGGAGAUGAAAGAGCCCAAGUCCGAAGACAGGAUCAUAGUGCAAUAUAGGCCUCUACGUUCUACCUGGAGUCAACUCAGUGUGGUGAAGAAGAGUGGCAUCGCUGAGAAAUUAAGCCAGGAAGAAAGAAAAAGACAAGAGGCAAUUUUUGAAGUUAUUUCUUCGGAGUACUCCUACCUGCAUAGUCUGGAGAUUUUAAUCCGGAUGUUUAAGAACUCCAGUGACCUAAGUGAUACAAUGACAAAAACUGAGAAUCAUCACCUCUUUUCUAACAUAACUGAUGUUUAUGAAGCAAGCAAAAAAUUCUUUAAAGAGCUGGAAGAAAGGCAUCAACAAAGCAUCGUAAUUGAUGACAUCAGUGACAUUGUGGAAAAGCACUCUAUGACAACCUUUGAUCCCUAUGUGAAGUACUGCUCAAAUGAAGUUUAUCAGCAGAGGACCCUACAGAAGCUUCUAACGAACAACCCUUCCUUUAAAGAAGUUCUUUCUGGAAUUGAAAGCAACCCAGAAUGCAGGAAUUUGCCAAUGAUUUCUUUUCUCAUCCUUCCAAUGCAGAGGGUAACUCGCUUGCCCCUUCUUAUGGAUACCAUCUGCCAGAAAACUGCAAAGGACUCCCAGAGCUAUGAGAGCUGUAAGAAGGCACUUCAAGCUGUAAGCAAGCUGGUGCGACUUUGCAAUGAGGGAGCAAGAAGAAUGGAGAGGACAGAAAUGAUGUACACCAUAAAUUCUCAACUGGAAUUCAAAAUUAAGCCGUUCCCUCUGGUCUCUUCCUCCCGGUGGCUGGUCAAACGUGGUGAGCUGACAGCAUUUGUAGAGGAAAAUGGGAUUUUUUUAAAGCGCACAUCUAGGCAGCAAGUCUACUUUUUCCUGUUCAAUGAUGUUCUCAUUGUCACAAGAAAGAAGAGUGAGGAGAGUUACAAUGUGAUUGACUAUGCAUUAAGGGAUCACCUAACUGUGGGUCAUUGUGAUGGUGAGGAGCUCAAUCUCUCCCCAGUAAAGACAACAUCAGGGAUGCUGUACUCACGCCAGGGAUCAGCAAACCAUGUCUUUCGACUUGCUUUUCUAAGUAACCAUUCGAGUGAGAAGGUGGAAAUGAUUCUUGGAGCAGAGUUGCUGAAUGAAAGAGCCCGCUGGGUGACGGCAUUGGGACAGAAUUCUGCCGACAAACAAAUCACAGACAGAACAACACUUACUCAGGUGGAGAUUACAAGGACAUAUACUGCAAAACAGCCAGAUGAACUUUCACUGCAGGUUGCAGAUGUUGUACUGGUUUACCAGAAAGUUAAUGAUGGGUGGUACAACGGAGAGCGCCUGCGAGACGGCGAGAGAGGCUGGUUUCUAGCCGAGUGUGCAAAAGAGAUCACAUGCCAGGCAACAAUUGAGAAAAACAUGCAAAGGAUGGGCCGAUUGCUGGGAUUGGAAACUAACGUUUAAAAAGAUUUCUCAAGCUCUCUUGGUCAUCUGUCAUCCUUGAGUCACUUGCACUUCAAGCGCCUUAGACACAAUUCUUUUAAUAUCUCAGCUUUUUUCUUUGAGCAAAUUCUGCUGAAAGCAAAGUGGACUACGAUUUUCAGGCACACCAUAUUUCUUGGACUGGCAUCUGUCACAUUAAGGAUGUGGUGUUCAUAUUAUUAAAAAUGAUUUCUGUAAAUAAUGUUUAUAUAUAAAAACUAAUUUUUAUUUGUAUAUUUUAAGCAUGUCUUACUGUGCAGUCACAUGAUAAUCUCAUUUCUAACUGAUGAUGUAUUAAAACUGUCCCUGUUAAAGUUUCUAAUUUUCUUUAAACAGAACUUUGUUCUUAAACACCACACAGUUUUUCUAUGCUGUUUUACACAUUUAAACUUGUUUUUCAACUCAGGGAUCUGUUGCCAAUACUGUACUGUGUUUUUUAAAAGUCUGCAACAAAUGUAAUACUUCAUUUCCACAAAGAACUUGCGGCUCACACCUUCAGGGAUCUACGGCACAAAGUCUGUGCAGAUGAUUUUGCCUCCAUUUGUAAAAUAAAUUCUUAUGCACCUCUUUUACUUCACAUAUAUCAUUUUGAAAUAGCUGGCUUUUUUUAAUUGCCAAAACUUAUUUUAGCUUCCUCUGUCUACAUGUAAUUUGCUUGCAGUAAGACCGAAAAGCAGAACAACCUUCACUUAUUGAUAUUUUAAUGCUAUUUAUAUUCAAAGUUGAACUGAAAUUAAACGUUGAGCAGAAUGCUGUUUAACCAACAUCAAGAAUUUAUUCAAGCGGAUGUAAAAUGCUUACCCCAGUUAGAAAUGUUGCUUGACAUUCUUACAUGGAGACGAGAUCUGCACAAUAUUUCAAAUCAGCACUGCCAUCCUGCCGCAGAUGAGCUCAGAUGGACGCCACUGGCAGUAGAAUUUUUGAAACAGAUCGUUCCUAAACAUAAAGCAUCAAGAGCAACCCGUCAGCAACAUAAAGGAUGUACUCCACUUUGUUAGCAUUCAGGGUUAUUAUCAUUUUGAUCAUAAACCUAUACAAAUCAGUUAUUGUUGUUCUUAAUAUAAUUUUAGAACUCUUUUGCUACUUAAUGUUAGUUAUAACAUGUUUACAAAUUUAAAAGGGUUUACCUUUCUCAACCUGUGUAAAUAUUUGUGUGUUCUGUCGUGUACACCCGAUUUAUAUGAUGUAAUGUGCAAUACGCUCACCUGGUAAUCAUGUAUGUGUCCAGACAUUGUCAAGCAUGGCAACUUUGAUGACAGAUCAGACGCAGAGCCUUGAGAGUAGUCAGAAUGUUAGAAAAAAAAGAUUACAUAAACAAUUUUUUAAUCACCCAUAAACUGAUUAAUGCAGGGAAGAAAUGAAACACUAUUUUAGUUUUAAAACUGAAAAUAAAAAAAAUAAAAAAACAGCUUCAGUUUGAGUAUAUCAAUCAUCUCAAUAAAGCCCUCCUGGUAUAUUUGGUUCUAAAAUGGUUUAGUUUUGGCUCUGACACUGUCGAGGUUUUUUAUGUCCCAAGUUUUAAGUAUUGAUUUAUAGAUGUCAUCCUUCUCUUUAAACCAACUAUGUCAAAUUUAAAAGAUGGCUGGUUUCAAGAUACAUUGUUAUUGUCUGACUUCAACAAUGCUUGAUGGUGAAAAACUUUUUCAGUUAAGAUGGCUAAAAUCUCAUUUCCUUGCAAACAUUUACAUUGUUUACCCUGUUCAUAGCACUUUAUGUUUCUUUUCAUUUACUAAUAGAAGUCUGCAUUUUCAAAGACUGGGAUCACUUGACACUCUGCUACUAAUCAGUGGUUUCAAAUGUACAGUAGCACAAUUAACCUGGAUUCUAAUGAAUGCUUUUAAAUAUCAAUUUCCCAUUGUAAGUAAAGGUAACAUUUGUAGAGUUCUUUUAUGUACAAAUCUUGUAGUUUAUGAUGUACAAGUACAAAGAUGAAUUAAUUUUAUUUAAAAAAGACGUCUACAUUGUACAGGAUUAGUUUACUAAAUGACAAUGUUGUAAUGAUUUUGUAUUUAGGAUUUUUCCAAUAAAUGCACAUUUUUUUCUUAUG